AUGGUCCCCAAAGAGCACCAUCAGUACAUUGGGAUUAUCCAACUGCUUCGUCAUUUCAGGUGGACGUGGAUUGGCAUAUUUUCUGUUGAUAACAACAAUGGAGAAAAUUUCUUACAGAAAAUGGAGCACUUACUUUCAGAGAAUGGAAUCUGCUCAGCAUUUAUAGAAAGACUUGAUCAACAACUCCACAUGGAAAGAGUCACAGAAUUUUUUCAAAUAAUCUACAUUAUUUCUAUUAAUAUGAUAAAUAGCAAAGCCAAUGUGUUUCUUGUCUAUGGAGAAGCCUGGACAAUUAUAUGGCUAAGAUUUGCAACAUUUAUGGUAGAUCCUGAAAGCAAGAAAACUGCAUUAUUAAGAAGGGUGUGGGUUAUGACUGCACAGAUUGAUUUUAUAUUAGCAGGCAUUCAAAUUAAAUGGGAUCUAAAGAUGUACAAUGGGGCUAUUUCCUUCACUGUUCACUCAACAGCAGUUGCAGGUUUCAAGGAAUUUCUUCGGACCAUAAAUCCUCUUUCAGACUACAGAGAUGGGUUUCGCCAGAAUGUUUGGGAACAGUCAUUUGAUUGUUCAUUUCCAAAACCAGAAUUACAAGGAAUGGACAAUAGGCAGUGCACUGGGGAGAUGAAAUUGGAGGAUCUUCCUGCACCUCUAUUUGAAAUGGAAAUGACUGGACAAAGCUACAGUGUCUACAAUGCUGUUCAUGCUGUGGCUCAUGCUUUGCAGGCUCUACACAUGUCGGGGUUCAAUAGGAGGAAAAUUAGGAUGGAUAAAAAAACUGAUCUUCCAAAUCUGCAGGUUUGGCAGCUCCAUUCAUUUCUUCAAGGCAUUUCUUUCAACAAUUCAGCUGGAGAGACAAUGUUCCUGAAUGAGAAAGGAGAAGCAAAAGGUGGAUUUGACAUCACCAACUUGAUCACUUUUCCAAACAGAUCUUUUCAGAGAGUUAGAGUUGGAAAGCUGGAUUUACAGGCUCCAAAAGGGAAGGAAUUAUUUAUUGAUGAAGAUGUGAUUGUCUGGAAUCCGGCUUUGAACCAGGUCCUUCCACUUUCUCAUUGCAAUGACCCUUGUUUCCCUGGAUCUCAGAAGAAAAGGAUUGAGGGGGAUCAGUUCUGCUGCUAUGACUGUGUUCCAUGCUCAGAAGGGAAGAUUUCAAAUCAAAAUGAUAUGGAGGAUUGUUUUAAAUGUUCAGAAGAUCAUUAUCCAAAUAAAGAAAAGAAAGGAUGUAUCCUGAAACUGCUGGUUUUUCUAACUUUUGAAGAUACCUUAGGAAUAGUUUUAGCCUCAGCAGUGCUUGGUUUCUUCUUCUUGACAUCAUGGGUAUUUGGAACAUUUAUUAAGUACAGGAAUACACCUAUUGUCAAAGCCAACAACCGGUCCAUAACCUACACCCUCCUUGUCUCUCUUCUGCUCUGUUUUCUCUCCUCUUUCUUCUUCCUAAGCCAGCCCAACAAAGUGACCUGCCUUCUCCGACAAUCAGUGUUUGGCAUCACUUUCUCAGUGGCCAUUUCUAGUGUCCUGGCCAAAACCAUCACCGUGGUUGUUGCCUUCAUGGCCACUAAACCAGGAUCUCAAAUGAGGAAAUGGGUGGGGAAUAGAUUGGCUUUUUGUACUGUUCUUUCCUGCUCCCUGUUCCAAGUAUCUAUUUGUAUUCUUUGGUUGUCAACUUUUCCCCCAUUCCCUGAGUUGGACAUGCACACAGAGUACCAAGAAAUGACUUUACAAUGCAAUGAGGGGGCACCUUUCUUCUUUUACUGUGUCUUGGGCUACCUGGGUAUCUUGACCAUUGCAAGCUUUAUUGUGGCUUUCCUUGCCCGUAAAUUACCUGACAGCUUUAAUGAAGCCAAGUUCAUCACCUUCAGCAUGUUGGCUUUUUGCAGUGUGUGGAUCUCCUUCUUUCCAGCCUAUCUGAGCACAAAAGGAAAAACCAUGGUAGCUGUGGAGGUCUUCUCCAUCUUUUCCUCCAGUGCUGCUUUACUGGGAUGCAUAUUCUUGCCAAAAUGCUACAUCAUUGUUUUUAGACCUGAUCUCAACCAAAGGGAACAACUCACAAAGAGAAAGUAG